CGUCUCGCUGUGAGUGCGACGGAGCGCUGCCAGCCGUCAGCCAGCGCGGCUGUUCCGUCUCUGCCCUUGCUGGAUGCAGUCCUGGGCCAGCUGCUGUGGGCGCCUGUGCUUGAGUGCUGAUACCUGUCAAGAAAUUCCAGGCUUUCAGCAACUGGUUGGAACACCUCCGCAGAACUGUUCUCUUGGGAAGGGUUUUGCUUCUAGAUAAGGACAACCUAAAAAGCACGGACUCAGCAUUCCACCAGCUUUGAGGAGGAGGUAGUGGGUGUGCAUGCUGGGAGGAAUGAUCCCCCGUGCAGCCAGUGCUGCAAUAAAGCAAUGCCAGCUUUCUAACCUGCCAUUCAGUUAGGUGAGUUUUAUUCCUGGAUUUCAUAGAAUCAUAGAAUGAACUGGGUUGAGAAGGGCCACAAUCAUCAUCUAGUUUCAACCCCUCUGCUACGUGCAGAGUCUGAGUGGCACUGGGACCAGAUGGCCUCCAGAGGUCCCUCCACUAUCAACAGUUUGGUGACUCUGUGCCUGGCAGUGUGGAGAAACCCAGGUGCCUGUUCUCGCCACGCGAUGUCCUGCUACGACCUGUGCCUGCCCGCCUCCUGCAGCCCCAGGCCACUGGCCACCAGCUGCAAUGAGCCCUGCUACCGGCGCUGCUGGGACUCCACCACCGUCAUCCAGCCCCCCACCGUGGUGGUGACCUUGCCUGGGCCCAUCCUCAGCUCCUACCCGCAGAGCACCACGGUGGGGUCCACAGCGUCGGCAGCAGUUGGCAGCUACCUCCGGUGCUGUGGGGUGCCAGUGGCCUCCGGUGGCACACGGGGGCUGGGGAAAGGGGCCUUGCUGUGCCUCAGGGGUGGGCUGUAAGGUGUCCCCGUCGGCCAACGCGUCCCACUGAGGCGAGCAAGGAAGGAAAAACGAAGCACGGGAACAAGACUGGGGAAGAGGACUAAGGAAGUUCCCACGUGUUUCCAAGCCAUUGGGGGCACCUGCAACUCUCCCAGCAGGAAGGGAUCCUCGGGUACUUUUCGUUCAAGAUCGCGCCUCUGUAGACCUUUCUCUAGCUAUGCCUUACUGUAUGCUUCCAUGUAAGUGUGACACCCUGUGGUGUUACUCAGCAUUUACUAUUAGCUUAUAGCUGGCUGCAGACAGAAGAUGGUGCCAAGAGCUGCAGAGGCAGCAGGGGCAGAGGAACACCUCGUAGGGGUCGUUUUGUCCUUAAAUAGUGUUUGUCCAUUCCUAUAGUGAGCAUUAGAAAUGCACUUCUCAUACUUUCAACUGGUUUAUUCUAUUUCUUUUUCUCAUUAAAGACAUGCUACAUCAUA